AUGUCCACUGCUGUGGUCUCCGCUGAUGAUGGCCUUGAGCCAACCCUGCAGUCUAUCCUAGACCAGAAGACGCUGCGAUGGAUUUUUCGGCGGAAAGGGAGGUUCCGCCGCUCGGUUCUGCUCAUCUCGACUGAUCCUGCUCACAACUUGUCCGACGCCUUCUCCCAGAAAUUCGGCAAGGAAGCGCGAUUAAUAGAGGGUUUCUCUAAUUUGAGCGCUAUGGAGAUCGACCCUAAUGGAAGCAUUCAGGACUUAAUAGCCGGACAGGGUGAAGAAAACAGUGAUCCGCUUAGUGGCGUAGGGGGCAUGAUGCAAGAUUUAGCAUUUGCAAUUCCUGGUAUAGAUGAGGCUAUGUCCUUUGCAGAGGUCCUCAAACAAGUCAAAUCUCUCUCGUACGAAGUCAUCAUCUUCGACACCGCGCCCACAGGUCACACACUCCGUUUCCUCCAGUUCCCGUCCGUUCUCGAGAAAGCUCUCGCUAAGAUUUCCCAACUAUCUUCCCAAUAUGGGCCCUUACUUAACGGCUUCCUUGGAAACCAAGGUACACUACCGAAUGGACAGAACUUGAACGAGAUGAUGGAGAAGCUGGAGAGUCUUCGCCAGACGAUUUCCGAGGUCAAUACACAAUUCAAAGACGAGAACCUGACUACAUUUGUCUGCGUCUGUAUAGCUGAAUUCUUGAGUCUGUACGAGACGGAACGUAUGAUUCAGGAGCUAGCUAGCUACAAUAUUGACACGCAUUGUAUUGUGGUGAACCAGCUAUUAUUUCCCAAACAAGGUAGCAACUGCGAGCAAUGCAAUGCCCGACGGAAAAUGCAGAAAAAAUAUCUGGAUCAAAUCGAGGAGUUAUACGACGAAUUCAACGUGGUCAGAAUGCCGCUUCUAGUGGAGGAAGUCCGGGGCAAGGAGAAGCUAGAACGCUUCAGCGAAAUGCUGGUCCACCCGUAUGUGCCCCCUGAGUAA